GAAAGAAUUUUCCCAUUAGGAAUUUGAUAGUAGUCCUUGCCUCCUUGGAGGAGCCAAACGCAGCUUUCCCAUAAGCUCCCAGGUCUACGCAUAUGUCAAUUGGAGAUUGAGAGAGAGCCAUGUCCAAAGGGCCCAAAGCCAUCAUGCUCAUCAUCAGACCUCCCUGCCUCUUCGCUCCGUCACCUCUGCUUCGAAUCCUAUUAUUAUUACCAUUAUUCCUCAUCAUCUCCAUCACUGUUACGACUCCUGUUUCUGCAAAUCACGGCUUUUUCAGUCUCAAGUACAAAUUCGCAGGCCAGAAACGGUCUCUCGCCGCCCUCAAAGCUCACGACAACAGCCGCCAGCUUCGGAUUCUUGCUGGCGUCGACCUCCCCCUCGGCGGCACCGGCCGUCCCGAAGCCGUCGGGCUUUACUAUGCUAAAAUUGGGAUUGGAACACCGGCAAGGGACUACUAUGUACAAGUAGAUACAGGAAGUGACAUUAUGUGGGUUAAUUGUAUUCAGUGCAAUGAAUGUCCCAAGAAAAGCUCUCUUGGUAUGGAACUCACAUUAUAUGAUAUAAAGGAGUCACUCACUGGAAAAUUGGUUUCUUGUGAUCAAGAUUUUUGCUACGCAAUCAAUGGUGGCCCUCCAUCUUAUUGCAUAGCUAAUAUGUCCUGUUCUUAUACUGAGAUAUAUGCAGAUGGGAGCUCCUCUUUUGGAUACUUUGUAAGGGAUAUUGUACAGUAUGAUCAGGUAUCUGGAGAUCUCGAAACUACAUCGGCAAAUGGCAGUGUUAUAUUUGGGUGUAGUGCUACACAAUCUGGGGAUUUAAGUUCUGAGGAAGCUCUUGAUGGGAUACUUGGUUUUGGGAAGUCAAAUACGUCUAUGAUUUCACAAUUAGCUUCUUCUGGAAAAGUGAGAAAGAUGUUUGCACACUGCUUAGAUGGUUUAAAUGGAGGUGGGAUUUUUGCUAUUGGGCAUAUUGUGCAGCCAAAAGUUAACACAACUCCAUUGGUACCAAACCAGACACAUUACAAUGUCAAUAUGAAGGCAGUUGAAGUUGGUGGUUAUUUUCUAAAUCUUCCAACAGAUGUAUUUGAUGUGGGAGACAAGAAAGGAACAAUCAUUGAUAGUGGUACAACCUUGGCUUAUCUCCCAGAGGUGGUUUAUGAUCAGUUAUUGAGUAAGAUAUUUUCUUGGCAGUCUGAUUUGAAAGUACAUACCAUUCAUGACCAGUUUACGUGCUUUCAGUACUCUGGAAGUUUGGAUGAUGGAUUUCCGGCUGUCACUUUUCAUUUUGAAAAUUCACUUUACUUGAAGGUUCAUCCCCAUGAAUAUCUAUUCUCAUAUGAUGGUUUAUGGUGCAUUGGUUGGCAAAACAGUGGGAUGCAAUCCAGGGAUAGAAGGAAUAUCACCCUUUUAGGAGAUUUAGCACUUUCAAAUAAGCUAGUCUUGUAUGAUCUAGAAAAUCAGGUCAUUGGAUGGACCGAAUAUAACUGUUCUUCAAGCAUUAAAGUGGUGGAUGAACAGAGUGGAACAGUACAUUUAGUAGGUUCUCAUUAUAUUUCUUCUGCUUGCAGUCUGAGUACAAGAAGCGCUAUAAUCAUGUUGUUGCUAACAACUAUGUUGUACACUUUAGUUUACUAACUGCUACAGUUAAUGUGGAAUACAAAUAGUCAAUAAUUAAUAUAAUUCAUAUUGAAUGGUAAAAAGAAAUUCAUGAAAAUAGUUGAUAAAA